AUCGCCGCCUGCGCUGUCACACCACUUGCGGCUUCCAGCGAUGCUGCAACGAGUGCUGGCUGGUGGAUUUCUACCGCCGCAUAUCAACAUGCUUACGUCGCGCACUGGAGGAGGCAGCUUCGGUCCACUCCACAGCAGAUGCCGUGUUAAAAACGAUCAGCAGAGUUACGCUUUCGUUACGAAGCCAGUAGUACAGCACUCGAAAGGCACGCGGGGGCCGCUAGCUCGAUCGCAUCUGCAUCUGCGGAAGCACCAUCGGACGCUUACGAAUAACACACGGAAUUUGGAAUUCUCGAAUGAGAUGCAGAGCCUCGGCCUUCAGCAGCGCGAGCAAAGGGUCAAGGUUUUACAACCCCAUUUUUUGCAACAACCUGACCUGCAGAUUGAUUUUCAUCAAAACUCUAUCGAUAGACGUGGUAGGGAAUCGCGCGGGGUCGGUCUGGAGUCACGAGGAAAGACUGCUGAAGGUUAA